AUGUCGGUAACUGUCUCGGACUGCAUUGUUCUACUCAUUUCCUUCCUUCUCCUCAAUGCCUAUCUCAAAAAACGACGAAAUCAUUCCGGCCUACCUCUUCCUCCUGGUCCCGGGCGCCUUCCCAUUCUCGGUAAUUUUUUCGAUGUGCCAGUGCGAGCAUCCUGGGAAACGUACGCCAGUUGGGCAAAACAAUAUGGAGAUAUCAUGUCUAUUGAAGUCUUUGGAGAGACCAUAGUAAUCAUCAAUUCGAUUGAAAUCGCACACAAGCUCUUGGAGAAACGAGGCGCAGUCUACUCUGACCGCCCUGCAAUCCCAGCGUAUGAACUGAUGAAGUAUGAUUUUAAUCUCUCCAUGGCAAGAUACGGACGAUACUGGAAGAGCGGACGAAAAAUCACAGACCACAAUCUCCGCCAGAGUGCUGCAAUGGCUUAUCGACCAAUGCAGUCCCGCAAAGUCGCAGAAUUCUUGAGAAAGCUUGCCCAAACUCCUGACCAUGUUUUCGAUCAUAUCAGACAUCUCACUGCGUCCGUUGUCAUGUCAUUUACUUACGGGCUGGAAAUUGCAGACUCCAACGACCGAUAUGUAGCCCUCGCGGAGAUUACUAAUGUCAGAGCAAGUGGUACCGUCUUACCUGGUGCCACGCCCCUGAACACUUUUCCAAUGCUGAAAUACCUACCAACAUGGUUACCAGGCAUGGGCUUCAAGAAAGACGCUCUGAUCGCCGCAGAGGAUGUUCAAGAAGCUGUCAACGCUCCUUUUGGUUUUGUCAAAUCUGAACUCCAAAAGGGAACUGCAGUAUCGUCGUUCGUUCUCCGUAGCCUGGAACUGUCCUCUGAAUCAGAUGAGACCGAUAUCAAUGACGAGGUCAUCAAGAAUACAGCUAGUUCUAUCUAUUUAGGCGACGGUUCUACCGUCUCAAUAUUAUCCACCUUCUUCAUGGUCCUUGUACUGCAUCCAGGCAUCCAGGAACGUGCUCAAGAGGAGAUCGAUGCGAUCGUAGGACGAGAGCGCCUCCCCAAAUUUGAGGAUAGACCUCACAUGCCAUACAUCGACGCUAUCUGUCGGGAGCUUGUGAGAUGGAGAAUGGUCACGCCAUUAGCUGUACCACACGCGACUACAGAGGACGAUGUAUACGAGGGGUACUUCAUUCCCAAAGUUGGCCAGUCAAAUAUUGCUUAUCUUGUUUUUUUACCCAUGUUCAACGUCCAACGUUGUGACAGGUCCAUACUCCAUGAUCCGGCUGUCUAUCUCGACCCAGAUGUCUUCCGACCCGAACGGUUUUUGGCACCUGACGGUUCCCUCGUCGAGGAUCCCAACCUUACGUCCGCCUUUGGGUUUGGAAGAAGAAUCUGUCCUGGUCGAUUUUUUGCCGACGCCUCUAUAUGGACCGUCGUGUCCUCAGUCCUCUCUUCGUUCACCGUCAAAAGGGCAAUAGACGCACGUGGAAACGAGAUACCUGUCAAAGUUGAAUUCAAUGACGAUAGGGUCCUCUGCCACCCCUAUCCGUUCAAAUGCUCCAUUGCGCCUCGAGAUAAGCGGGCCGAAGGGUUGAUAUUUCAGACUGCGUCUGAGGCCUGA